UUUUAUAACAAACAUAAUUGAAAAGUGAAGAACAGAUUGGCUGAAGGCAAUGAAGCCCAUAUGAAAUUAGCAUAUUAUCUCAUCCACAGUUGAUAUUAUAUCUUACAUAUUAAAGAAUAUUGCGCAUAACUGACCAGUCACUGACGUUGAAAUAUAUUUAGUUUGCCCUUAAAUUAAUUUAUAAAGAUAUCUGUCCACUUCCAAUUUUACUUCAGAAAUACAAAAAUCUUUGGUUGGAUAUAUCUAUAACUUUUGAAAAUGUCUACAAAACAUUUAACAGUUGGUUCUGUAGAGCCUCCAAGAACUGAGGGCCUUCUCAGGCUCUAUUCCAUGAAAUUCUGUCCUUAUGUCCAGCGAGUUAAAUUAGUCCUGAAAGCGAAAAACAUUCCACAUGAUGUUGUAAAUAUUAAUUUGUUCAAAAAACCAGAGUGGUACAGCAAAAUCAAUGAGAAAAAAUUAGUACCAGCCAUUCUUGAUGGUGAUAAAAUUGUGGUAGAAAGCCUGGAUAUUGCUGAUUACCUAGAUAAAAAGUACCCUGAAAACCCACUCUAUCCUGCAGAUCCUGCAGCCAAGCAGCAGAUUAAGGAUAUUAUAAACAAGGCAGGUGUUGCAAUGGGGUUAUUUACAAAUCUCUUAUUGGGAAAAGAAGAACAUCCAGCAGAAGAAUGGGCUAAAUUGUUGCUUGAAGCUCUUCAACCUUUGGAAGAAGCACUUUCACAGAGGGGAACACCGUUCUUUGGUGGAGAUAAACCUGGAAUGGCUGAUUACAUGAUUUGGCCCUGGGCAGAGAAAGCAGGCUGUAUAGGAAUUAAAUUACAACAGAAACUUCCUUUGAUAGACUCAGACAUCCCAGUUUUAAGGAAAUGGAGAAAAGAUAUGAAGAAUGAUCCAAUUUGCAAGGCGUUAUAUAUUAGUAGUGAGAAGUUUUGGAAGAUUGCCAAAUCAAAAAUUGAUGGAGAGGAACCAGCUUAUGAUGAAGUAUAACAUGGAUACUUAAAUCGAUAGAAAUCACAUUAAACACAUGUAACAUUUUCAGAUUAAAUGAUAGAAUAUAUUGUUGCCUAUAUGUUGGCGUAUUUUGUGUAUAUGUAAUCAUAAUCAUUGAUUAUUAUCAUAGGAAGCGUUAUAAUUUUAUAAAUUAUAUUUUUUAAUAAUUUUCCAUUAGGUAUUAUACCAUAAGUUUUAGGUUCCUUGAACUAUGAAAAUAAUCUUUUUUAUUGUCUAAGAUAAUAUCAUUUUAAUAAAGCUUCAUAUAUUUGAUUUUAA